AUGAGCAAAUUCGGAGGAGGUAGCGGCUUCCCGCAGCAGCAACAGCAGUACGGCGGUGGUGACUCGUACGAGCCCAGCGAUUUGGGCGGAGGGGAUGGUGGCGGAUUCCAGGGCACACAGGGCGAGGGAGACACCCCGCGCUCGGCGAAGCGCUCGGGUGCCAUCGUGCAGACUCUCACGCCCGUGACCGUUCGCCAGCUGCACCUCGCCACACACACGCACCCCGACGACAUUUUCAAAGUCGACGAUCGUGAGCUCAAUCAGAUCACGCUUGUUGGCCAGAUCGUGAACUUGCAAGUGCAAUCCACGAACGUGGAGCUCGAAGUUGACGAUGGAACAGGCAAGAUUGGCGUGCGUAUGUGGCUCGACGUCGAAGAAGAGAAUCAAUCCUCGAGGAAGUGGGAUGUCGGCUCGUACGUGCGCGUCAUCGGCAACCUGCGCUCGUUCAUGGACACGCGAAGCGUGCUCGCCUUCCGCGUGAUGCCCAUCGAGAUGUACGACGAAGUGACCUACCACUUCCUCGAUGUCAUCCACGUACACCUUGCCGUCACCAAGGGCGAACUGGACGCCACCGAUUCCUCUUCGGCGGCCAGUGGCGGUCGUGGCACCUCAGGUUACGGCGGCGCGCAGCGUGGCGGCGGUGGCGGCGGCGGCUACGGGCGUCAGGCUGCUCCUGCCGGUCGUGCUGGCGGUCAGUUCUCGCCCUGCCAGAAGGCGGUGCUGGAGAUCAUCAGAACGUCGGGCAGGCAGAGCGGGGCCGGUUGCGCGCUGGGCGAGGUGAUCGAGGUCCUGCAGACUUCGUUCUCCGAGGAGGAGCUCAGGGAGGCCAUCGAGUGGCUCACGGCCGAGGGGCACCUCUACACCGCCGGCGACGACUUCUUCCGGUGCUCCGAGUAA